AUGAGACCAAAAAAUCCAAAAGCAAGAAAGAAUGUUCUGUGUCUAUCGAAGACCAUGCCAAAGCCGUUGAGGGAGCUGCUGACAAUAAGAGGCGACUUCUUGGCACUGGAGGAAGACAUAGACUGCUUCGCGGACUAUGAAAAGACAUGCAAGCUGAUGAAAAAGAAGAAGUGUGCAUUGUCGGUGGCAAGUACUAAGGAGCACUUGGUCUUCGUGAGAGUGUACGACUACCAGCCGCUGGAAAUUCUCAAGUUUAGGAUCUCUAAGAGCUUCUCCAGCGCAGACUUCGGCUCGGUGCCAGCAGAGCUGUACUCCAAGUACUUUGUCAUCUGCCAGCAGAUUGAAAACAAGAGAAUCGAGAACUUCCUGGUGGACUUUUUCAGCCAGCACAGCACGAAAGUCAAUAUUGACAGCGUUAGGUAUGCAUGGAUCAUUGGCCAGACCAGCCACCAGAGCGAAAGGACUUUUACCUUGAAGUAUGUCAGGGUACUGAAUGAUCUGAGCGUGGAAGACAUUGGGCCGCACUUUGAGCUGGUCCUGGAAAAGGAGUUCUACUGCGGAGACGAGCUGUACGAGAAGGCGUUCGCAUGCAGCCAGCCCGCAAAACAGAGGAACGUGUCCAAGAAUGUAUUCAGGGACACGGUUGGCAAGCUUCAUAUUGAUCGACAGGACCUGAAUGAUAUCAAUCUAAAAAAGAGCAGGGCAUACAAGAAAAUAGAAAAGAGCAGCGAGCAAUAA